AAUUCUAGUAAGAAAAAGACCACCAGGCCCACAACCCAUACCUUUACCCGGCACCAUUGGCCACACCAGCAGCUCAGCACGACUGUUCCCUUUUCUUCACUGUUUCCGUGUCUCCAAUUUUUGACUGAUAAUUAAUAUAUCUACAAAUCUAGGAAACAAGGGACAGAGAAAGAGAGGGAGGAGAAAAAACCCAUCAAGAAUUUCACUUUUCUUUCGUUUUUCAGCGUUUAUUUAUUGACCCAAAGAUCAAGGCUUGCAGAACGGGCAAGAAAAUCACAUCCCAUAACCUGUUUGGCAAUUUUCCAUAGGUAGGAGAUGUGUUUUCUUUCCAUAUUGGAGGUCCAAAGGUUGAUAUAAGCUUUGAGAAAAACCUAUUUGUUUUGCCGGAUUAUUGCUUGUAAAUGCAACUUUGUAGAUCAGUUGCAUCUUGGAUAUCCCGUAUCUUGGCUUGCAUGGGCUCUUGGCUUUUAUUUGGUGAUUUGGAAUCUUUUACUUGCUCAGAGGCUAAGCAAGUGUAUAAAACAGAAAUGAGCUGGUUCCUUUAUCAGAGCAGAAGUUGUCUUGGAUGCUGUAUGAAAUCUCCCCAUGUUGUUUCAGCGGAUAGGCCAUCCAAGAGACUGAAAGUUCCGAGCCAACGGUUGAGGAAAGCUAGUUUAAGAGACGACUUUUGGAGCAGUAGUGCGGGCGAGAUGGAGAAUAGCACAUUUCCUUCCCAGAGAAGCAUCUCAUCAAUUAGCACUUCAAAUCCUGCCCUUGAUCCUCACAGUAACUCUGGCACCACGAACAACACUUCAGAAUUUGUAAAUCAUGGUCUACUUCUUUGGAAUCAAACAAGGCAACAUUGGUGUGGAAGUAAAACAUCACAGAAGCGUGCUUCAGUUCGAGAACCAAAAUUAGGUUUUGAUACAAGUUACGAAACUUUGCUAGGGACCAAUAAGCGUUUCCCUCAACCAAUCCCUUUGUCGGAAAUGGUAGACUUUCUGGUCGAUGUCUGGGAACAAGAGGGGCUUUAUGAUUAAACAGCUGCAUAAUUCAUGAUUCUCAGCUGGCUGGAUUUGUGUUUUGCAAGUUUUGAAGAAACCAAAUCCAAAAAACAAAUUCAAACAGCCAUGUGUAAUCUCAGCAUCUGUGUUGAGAAGAAAAAUGAAACUUUUGUUACCAAAUGCCCCCAUUUCGACAUGUUAUCAUCUGAAAAGAAAAAAAGAAGCCUUUUCGACUAAUUUAUAGAUAUUAGUCAGGCUAAAAGUCAAGCACAAAGAGCCUUGGCUAAUUUAGAUACAUUGAUGGGUAGAGAAUUGAAUCUCUAUUCAUAAAUAUAACAUGUUCUUGUAGAUACUUGUACCUCAUAAGUUCUUUAUUGUUUCAUCCAGUUCUGAUGUAAUAUCUGUUUCUUCUUUCUUAUUUUGGAAAUGCUCUCCAUUUUCUUGCA